CAAUGCCAUGGCGCCAUAUUGUAUGUGACAUAAAUUUUGAUGUUCACUGUAGUAAAUCUGUUUUCACAACAUUGCUAUUUUUAACAAAAGAAGUGGCACCACUGUGCUAACAUAACCUAACAUGUCCGCUGUUUUCAAGUUAGCCAAAUUCUGUAGAAAUGUGGGGCUGGUAUCGAAUAUAGCAAAACGAACACUCUCCACCACACAAACAAGUAUUACCCGAAAUCCACCACCCUGCACCUUCCAUCCCCUGUUGCAAAAUGACUGGGUCUGUCCAAAACCCGAUCCCGUGAAGCUUCCCAUAAGAAUAACCCCUGAAAUCAAAUCCCCACAUGACAUUCUGUGGAUACCGCCGCUGACGGAACCACCCACCGAUAGAGAAAUGAUUGAUCCCAUCUCAAUAAAUGAAGAACGAAAAGAAGCGGUAAGACUUAUAGUUAUCAGAAGAAAGAAAAUGAAGAAACACAAGCUGAAGAAACUUAGAAAAAAGUUAAAAUACGAACGUGCCAAGGUAAGACAAAGGAGAGAGCUUAAGAAGGAGAAGGAGUUUCAGGCCAUAUUAAUUGCGCAGUGUAAGGAGGCCGAAGCUUUCAGUGCCGAAAAGUAUGUCGCUGAUAAACUCAAGGCUUACACUGAGAAACCGCCAGUUCCGUUUCACUUGACGGACGAGUACAAAGAACUCUUGAGGUUGAAAGAUUUACGAUUGAAUGUAAAUUUUUAUAAAAAGUAGUUCAGUUAGUACAUGCAGUAAAUAAUCUGAUUAAACUC